AUGCUUACAUCGAUCGCGGUGGAAAAUUUACAGCACAAAUUCCAUGGUGAAGCUACUAUUGGAUUCGCCUAUAUCUACUUCAACUACCGGCGAGCAGAUGAGCAAAAGAUUGAUAAUAUAUUAUCAAGCAUACUGAAACAAUUAUGCCAGAGCCUUGCCUGGAUUCCAGCGGAUUUGAAGGAACUCUAUGACCAACAUCAAAAGUAUCGCACGCGGCCAUCUUUACGAAAUAUUAUGAAUACUCUGCACGCGAUUUGUGGACUUAAUACCAGAGUAUUUGUCAUUGUUGAUGCGCUUGACGAAUGUCAUGAUAUUAAUGGCAGUCGUGAGAGAUUUCUGUCGGAGCUCUUCAACCUCCAGGCAAACUGUGCGGUGAAUAGGGAAGAUGUCGAACGGUAUGUGGAAGGUCGCAUUGAAGGCCUAUCAAGUUUCGUGCGGCAAAACAGCCAAUUGCGAGAGGAUAUAAGAACAGGAAUAUCUGAGGCUGCUGAUGGAAUGUUUCUCCUCGCAAAUUUCUACAUGGUCUCGCGAUGUGCUGGCCUCGUUAUUGUCGACGUGGAAAGCGACAUCAUCCGAUUGGCUCAUUACACGACACAGGAAUAUUCCGAGGAGUCACAAAAAAUAUGGUUCCCAAACGCAGAGGCUGAGACCACGGGCAGCUGUGUUACGCUCCUCUCGUACCAUGAGUUUCGCAGUGGUUUUUGUCAAACUGGAGAAGAGUUAGAGAUGCGAUUGCGAACGAACGGGCGCUAG